AUGGCAGAGCAAGAACAAUCUCAGGCUAAGAAAUCUGCUGGAUCGAAAGCCUGGGCCCAUCAUAGAGAAUUAAGGAUACUUGUUAGUGGGAAGACAGGUCAAGGAAAGUCUUCACUUAUUAAUGGUAUUCUUGGUGCUCAUGUUGCUAGUGAAGGAGCUGGUGCUAAGAGAUGUACAACACAAGUUGAAAUGUAUUCAGAAAUCAUCAAAGGUGUACUGAUCAAAGUUUUUGAUUCUCCUGGCUUACAAGAUCAUACAGCAAAUGAAGAGGAGUACAUACAAGGAAUGAGAGAAACAUGCCAAGAGCUUAGUUUAGUUCUCUACUGCACUAAGAUGAUUAACACUCGACUAACUGAUGAUGACAAGAAUGCUAUGGUUAAGCUAACAAAAGCUUUUGGAGAAAGUUUUUGGAACUAUUCUGUGUUUGUCCUCACUUUUGCUAACCUUGAAAAUGUUGCAAGAAAAGAUGACAGAGAUGCUGACGAGGAAGAACCAGAUGAAGAUGAUGAGGAGGGAUGGAAAGAAUUAGAAAAAAGAAGAUUUACAAGACGGUUGGAAUUAUGGAAAAAAGAGCUUCAAAGUUUUUUAGUGGAAGAACUUAAAGUAACACCAAAAAUUGUAUGCAACAUUCCUGAAGCUAAGACAAGCAGCACUGAAAGAUUUGAAGCCACUAGAAAUAGUAAAAGUAAUUUCAUUUACUCUAAUAUCUAUGGGCUAGCUUACGUCGACAGCUAUGAAGUACUAGAGCUUCAGUUUAGACCCGAUCUCCUUGAACCAGCAGCUCAUCUUCUCAAUGAACAGUGGCCUAGAAGUUUAGAGGUAAGGUCAGUGUAG